AUGUGGUAUGAUGAGCGUAUUAACAAGAGACGCAACCAUGAGGAACCUACGUUCACACUAUGUUGUGGACAAGGACAAGUUAAACUGCCUUUUCUUAAAGACUCUCCAGAUUUGAUAAAUAAACUUCUAAGUGGUGAUGAUGCUCUCAGUAGACAUUACAGGGAGAAUAUGCGAAUCUUUAACAUGAUUUUCGCAAUGACAUCACUUGGUGGGAGGGUAGACAAAUCUGUCACACAAGGGAAAGGACCUACAAACUUCCGCUUGCAAGGGGGAAACUAUCACCUUAUUGGUAGUUUAAAGCCUGACUUAGGUGAUUAUGCAAAAUAUUCACAGCUCUAUAUAGUGGACACUGAAAACGAAGUACAGAACAGAGCUACUAUAAUCAGCAAGGGAAACUCUCAAGCACCAAAUACUGGGAAAAAACAACUUAAAAAAGAGGUUAUAGAAGCACUUAUUAAGAUGCUAAACGACCACAAUCCGUAUGUGAAGAUAUUCAGGUCCGCUAGAGAGAGGUUUGAAUCUAAUAAUGAUGAGCCGUUUCACAUGCGUAUUGUCGCAGAUCGCAAGGGUGUAGAUGGGAGGACAUACAGUAUGCCUACUAUAUCAGAGGUGGCUGCUCUAAUUCCUGGAGAUUUUGUGAAACAGAUGCCUGACCGUGACAUUGUUUUACAAGAAAAGAGUACUGGGAAAUUACAGAGGAUCAGUCAAAUUCAUAUUUCAUACUUAGCACUACAAUAUCCCCUUAUAUUUUGCUAUGGUGAAGAUGGAUAUAGGCCAGGAAUAGAGAAAUGCGUGAUACCAGCAAAAACAAAGACGAAGAAGAAUAAGAAGAAAUCUAUUAGCAUGAGACAGUGGUUUGCAUUUAGGAUACACGAGAGGGAAAACGAGAGCCAUACUUUGUUACGUUCAAAGAGGUUGUUUCAGCAGUUUCUUUGUGAUGCUUAUACCACCAUUGAAUCAAACCGGCUAUCGUAUAUCAGAUUCAAUCAAUCAAAGCUUCGUUGUGAGAAUUUAAACUCAAUCAAAAAGGCAGCUGAAUCAGGAACAACUUCUAUGGGUGAAGAAGGUAACCAAAUUCUGAUUCCUUCUUCUUUCACUGGUGGUCCUCGAUAUAUGGUUCAGAGUUAUUAUGACGCAAUGGCAAUUUGUAAGCAUUACGGAUUCCCGGACCUAUUCAUCACGUUCACAUGUAACCCUAAAUGGCCAGAGAUAACAAGAUAUUGCCAAGCACGAGGGUUAACAGCUGACGAUAGACCGGAUAUUGUAGCAAGGAUGUUUAAAAUAAAGCUGGACUCCCUCAUGAGAGAUCUAACAGAAAGGAAAUUUCUGGGGAAGACAGUGGCAUCUAUGUAUACAGUAGAAUUUCAGAAAAGAGGAUUACCACAUGCUCACAUUUUGUUAUUCAUGGAUGCUAAGAGUAAACUGCAUACAGCAGACGACAUCGACAAGAUUAUUUCGGCUGAGAUUCCAGACAAAGAAACGGAACCAGAACUCUACGAAGUAAUUAAAAACUCUAUGAUACACGGACCAUGUGGUGCAGCAAAUCCAAAAUCUCCGUGUAUGGUUGAAGGAACCUGCUCAAAGCAAUAUCCUAAAAAGCAUCAAGAGAUUACUAAGGUUGGUAGUGAUGGUUACCCUAUCUAUAGGAGAAGAGAAACUAAUGAUUUUGUUGAGAAGGGUGGCUUCAAAUGUGACAAUAGGUAUGUGGUUCCAUAUAACAAGAAGUUGUCGCUACGAUAUCAGGCUCAUAUUAACGUAGAAUGGUGCAAUCAGAAUGGAUCUAUAAAAUACUUAUUCAAGUAUAUAAACAAAGGUCCAGAUCGGGUAACAUUCAUUGUCGAGCCUGUUAAUCAGCCUACGACUAAUUCAAGUGCCACAACAGAGCAAGAAUCAAGUCCAACUGAGAAAAAGAAGAACGAAAUCAAAGACUGGUUUGAUUGCAGGUACUUAUGUUUAAAUCUCAGUAUAAAAUAUGUUUCAGCCUCAGAGGCGAUUUGGAGAAUUUUCAAGUUUCCCCUACAACAUAGAUCUACACCAGUUCAGAGGUUGUCUUUUCAUGAUGAAGGGAAGCAGCCUGCUUAUUUUGAUUCAAAAGCACACAUUGAUGAUGUCCUUGAACGUAUAUCCAACCAAGAUUCUAUGUUCAUGGCUUGGUUAACAUUGAAUAGGAAUAAUGCUAUUGGGAAGAAUGGAAAACGUGCAAGAGACCUUCUAUAUGCUGAAAUUCCAGCUUAUUUUACUUGGGAUGGAACCAAUAAGAAGUUCAGUAAGAGAUCAAGAGGUUUUUCAUUUGGUCGUAUUAACUACGUUCCUAGGAAAAUGGAAGAUGAAUACUAUCUUCGGGUGCUGCUGAAUAUUGUCAGAGGUCCAAUGACAUUUGACGAUAUCAAAAAAUACAAUGGUGUAGUAUAUAAAACUUACAAAGAAGCAUGUUUUGCACGUGGAAUUUUGGAUGAUGAUCAAGUGUUCAUAGAUAGUCUACUCAAAGCUGGGCAGUUUUGUUUUGGGGACUAUCUGAGAAAUUUUUUUGCAAUGCUGAUUUUAUCAGAUUCUCUAGCUAGACCGGAGCACGUAUGGGCAGAGACUUGGCAAUUGUUAAGCCAAGAUAUUGAGAAAAAAAAGCAAGAAGACUUCAAUAACCCAUAUCUGACACUAACUGAAGCUGAGAUGAAGAACUACACUCUUCAGGAAAUAGAGAAGAUUAUGUUGUUCAAUGGUGGAACACUCAAAGGCAUUGAAAAUUUUCCUCAGCCCUCAAGAGAAGGUAUAGACAACUCCAACCGAUUAAUUGUUGAUGAGAUGAGAUAUAAUCGAGACGACUUGGAAGAGAAACAUUCUGAAUGGGUUCAAAAGCUAACAACUGAACAGAGAGGUAUAUACAACGAAAUCACAGGUGCUGUAUUCAAUGAUUUAGGCGGUGUUUUCUUUGUAUACGGAUUUGGAGGAACAGGGAAAACAUUUUUAUGGAAAACACUUGCAGCUGCUAUUAGAUCUAGAGGACAGAUUGUGUUAAAUGUGGCAUCGAGUGGUAUAGCAUCUUUGUUGUUAGAAGGAGGAAGAACAGCACACUCUAGGUUUGCAAUUCCGUUGAAUCCAGAUGAAUUUGCUGUUUGCAAAAUUAAGCCAAAAUCUGAUUUAGCUUCUUUGAUUCAAGAAGCCUCACUUAUUGUCUGGGACGAGGCGCCUAUGAUGAGCAAAUUUUGUUUCGAAGCUUUAGAUAAGAGCUUCUCGAAUAUUAUCAAGAACAAAGACAACAAGGUGUUUGGUGGUAAGGUUGUUGUGUUUGGAGGCGAUUUUAGGCAGGUUCUUCCAGUAAUAAUAGGAGCAGGAAGGGCAGAAAUAGUGAUGUCUGCACUAAAUGCUUCUUAUCUUUGGGAUCAUUGCAAAGUGUUAAAGCUGACCAAAAACAUGAGACUCCUAUCUGGCAACUUAAGUGCCGCAGAAGCAACAGAAAUCCAGCAGUUUUCUGAUUGGUUAUUAGCUGUUGGUGAUGGUAGAAUUAAUGAGCCUAAUGACGGUGAGGCACUUAUCGAUAUCCCAGAAGAUUUGUUGAUAACAGAAGCACUGAAUCCUAUUGAAGCAAUUACUAGAGAAGUUUAUGGAGAUCCAACUAAACUGCACGAGAUAAUUGAGCCAAAAUUCUUUCAAAAGCGAGCAAUUUUAGCUCCAACAAAUGACGAUGUCAACACAAUCAAUGAGUACAUGCUGGAACAUUUAGAAAGUGAAGAAAGGAUUUAUCUAAGUGCAGAUAGUAUAGAUCCGACAGAUUCAGAUUCAUUAACGAAUCCUGUAAUCACUCCAGAUUUUUUGAACUCUAUCAAACUGUCCGGGAUGCCACACCACGCAUUGCGAUUGAAGAUUGGAGCACCGGUGAUGUUGCUAAGGAAUAUAGACCCUAAAGGUGGGCUAUGCAACGGAACAAGGCUACAGAUUACUCAGCUAGCUACUCAUAUAGUUCAAGCUAGAGUAAUAACCGGCGAAAGAAGUGGUGAGAUUGUUUUGAUUCCAAACAUAAACCUAACACCUUCAGAUACAAAGCUGCCGUUUAAGAUGCGUAGAAGACAGUUUCCCCUAUCUGUUGCAUUUGCUAUGACCAUCAACAAGAGUCAGGGACAAUCUCUAGAACAUGUAGGUCUCUACUUGCGUAAACCCGUUUUCUCUCAUGGCCAGCUAUAUGUUGCGUUAUCUCGGGUUACAUCGAAGAAAGGAUUGAAAAUAAUAAUUCUAGACAAAGAGGGGAAAAUUCAGAAACAAACAACAAACGUUGUUUUCAAGGAAGUUUUCCAAAAUAUAAUCUGAUUAACAUCGAGUCAGAUAAUGUGGGAGCAUCAAAGCACAAGGUAAUAUUAAGUUCUCUAUAGUUUUAUGUACACUACUUGCUUAAUAGAGUAAAACAGACGCAUAUUAAACCCCACAUUUGCUAAAAGUAUUCUAACUAUUUCCCAGGUUCGGCUAUCACAUUCAUAGGAUACAUGUGGAUGUAACUGAUGAAGCAUGAAGAUCAAUAGCAAAUGAACAAUUCAAUGGUAACACUUCCAGCAAUAAGUUUUAAGUUUUAUGGAGUGGGACAAACACGAUUGUGUGAACUUUCUUUAAGUUUAUGUUACUUUUCUUUUAAGGAUGUUCUUAUACAUUGUUAAUGACCUAUUCAGAGAUUGAUUUCUA